GAGGGAGGGCCGUCAGGAUAGGGCAGGUCCAUGGUCACACCAUGGAAAGUCAGCCCGCGGUUGUUUGUCCGGACCUGGCCCGGUGAGGGCAGCUGGGAUCAGACACGGCCCCGUGAUCAGCAGACAGGGCCACGGCUCCUGGGGCGAGGGCGGUGCUGAUGGAGACCGGCGCUCCUGCAGCACUGCUCCGGCUGGUCCUGGGCCGAGCUUAAACCCACUCAUGGGGAGCCCCAGGCUUGGCUGAUUGGGACCAUCAGGGCUCUGACAGCAGCCUACCCCCUCUGUCCUCACUCCUUAGAGAGCUAUGGGCUCACGAGAGACUUGCUGUAGAGUGAUUUAAUUGCUGUGCGGUCUCAGAGGGCUAUUUAAGGGAGCAGAUACGCAAGACAAGUCACUUGGAAGGGGAUAUGACGUGAGAGACUUGGGGAUAGGGAUAGUCAGGUUGCCCGUGGCAUGGAGGUAAAAGGGAAAUGUUUAAACCACCAUUGGAAGGUCGCCAAAGGCUGGGUUCGCUCAGGAGCUGGCAUUUGAGCAAGGGUCAGUGAUUGCCAGGUAGAUGAGAUGGUUUGAGGUCGAGUAAGAGCCUGGCAGUUUUGGACCCAUAUCCCAUGCAAAGGUCCCUGGCCCUGAGGGGUGCACAGACGGGUGGCAGCACUGACUUGCUGUGCAGCACCGAGCCAGCUGCUCUUGCAAAUGUGCCAACCGAUGGUGUGAAAGAGAAGCACCAAGAGCUCUAGACCAUUAACAAGACCCCUGGGACCUGCUCCAAGCACGUUACUCUCCAAGGACAUCACCCUGUUUUGGUCAUGUUCUCAGAGUUGAAGUUCCCUGUGCCCUGGGGACAUGUGGCAGCCAAGGCCUGGGGACCCUCGGAGGGACACCCUGUGCUGUGUUUGCAUGGCUGGCUGGACAAUGCCAACACCUUUGACAAGCUCAUUCCACUGCUCCCCAGAGGUUGUUAUUAUGUUGCAAUGGAUUUUUCUGGCCAUGGUUUGUCCUCCCACCGACCUGCAGGCUGCCCCUACCAUUUCCUAGAUUAUGUGACUGAUGUGCGCCGCGUGGCAGCAGCCUUGCAGUGGAAACGGUUCACCCUGAUGGGGCACAGUAUGGGUGGGGCUGUGGCAGGAAUGUUCUGUUUCCUUUACCCUGAGAUGGUGGACAAGCUGAUACUGCUGGAAAGUCUUGGCUUUCUUCUAGCUCCAGAGGACACUGAGGCAUGGCUGAAAUCAAAACGGAGGGUGAUUGACAGACUACUGAGUCUGGAGGCAAAGCAGCAAACUCCCAAAGCACGGAGCCCUGAAGCAGCAUUACAGAGGCUUUUAGAAGCAAACAGCCAUCUGACAGCAGAGGGUGGAGCAAUUCUGCUGCAGCGAGGAGCAACUGAGACACCCGCUGGGCUAGUGUAUAACAGAGAUAUGAGAGCCCGUACGCAGAGUCGAGAGUUCUUCACAGUGGAGCAGUGUGUGAAGCUCCUGCAGAAGAUCCAGGACCGUGUUCUCAUAAUUAUAUCCCAAGAUGGACUCUUGGUACCGCACAACCUACCCAGCAGAAAUCACUUUGUGAAAGCCCUGCAGGAGGCAUUUGAGUCUACCCUCAAAGAGCACAUCCAGCUAGCAGAAGUGCCUGGGAGUCAUUUUGUGCACCUGAAUGAGCCCGAGGUGGUAUCUGGGAUCAUCAGCAACUUCCUGACAGCACAGAACACCAGAGCCAGACUCUAGGAAGCCCUCACAGCUGCAGAAGUCCAGGAUAACUGGGAGCUAACAAGCAAGCUCCAGAAUUGUCACCAUUCCUACCUCGCAUCCAACAUCAAAUCGUGAUAAUCUUUCCUAUGCUUAGCUCACUGCAGGGUGGAAGCAGGUCUGCCAGGGGUUCUCUGAAAGAGAGAUGAGCAAAGUAUCUUAUUUGCCAAAGAGAGAAGGAAUCCUUGCUCUACUUCCAGCUCUGUGAGUACAGGGAUAGAGGCCCAGAGCAGCCUUCCCCUUGGCUUACUCCAAACUUGCACCCUGAAAUGGAGCAGAACACAGGCAGAGGCACCCUCUGUGACAGCAGCAGCACCACCAGCUUUGGCACUGCAAGAGAGGUGGCUCAUCUUGCCUCUUCCCUGAGGAUGGUGUGGACAGGCUGCUCCCAGGAUUUAACCUGCUGAAAAACAAGGAAAGUGUUCUGCUUCUCUGCUUACUUUCACAGACACCUGAGCUCAGAGGGCCUCAGUGUCUGUGUUCCACUGUGAGAGCUACUGUUUUUUUUAAGAAUCAGCUUAAAUAAGAGCUCACCUGUGCAGAGAAGGCCAUUUUAACAAAUGCUAGAGGAUGUCCCUAAUCCUCUAGCUGAAGCAGCUGGGAGAACUACAAAAUAUGGAAAAAUUGGCAGAGAUGAUUUCUG